AUGGCGUCCUUCCUCGAAAAUGCCUACAGUCUGGUCCAUAUGGACAACACGGCGGACCAGCCGACUGUGCAGGAGCUCCGGGUACAACUGGAGAAGGGCAAUGAUGAGACUAAGCUGGAGACCAUGCGGACUGUCAUCACGAUCAUGCUCAACGGAAACCCCAUGCCCGAUCUCCUGAUGCACAUCAUUCGUUUCGUUAUGCCGUCAAAGAGCAAGUCUCUGAAGAAAUUGCUUUAUUUCUACUACGAGAUUUGCCCCAAGCUCGACUCGAGCGGCAAGCUUAAGCAGGAAAUGAUCUUGGUUUGCAAUGGCAUUCGUAACGAUCUGCAACACCCUAACGAAUAUAUUCGAGGAAACACACUUCGAUUUUUGACCAAGCUUCGCGAACCGGAACUCAUCGAGCCCCUCCUCUCCUCAGCCCGCUCGUGUCUGGAGCAUCGCCAUGCCUACGUUAGAAAGAACGCCGCAUGGGCAGUGGCUUCUAUUUUCCAGCACUCCGAGUCUCUCAUCCCCGACGCCCCUGAGCUUCUCCAGACCUUCCUCGAAACGGAGACAGAAGGCACCUGCAAGCGCAAUGCUUUCGCAGCCCUCAUGUCCAUCAGCCACCAAAAGGCGCUCGAAUACCUCGGUACAACCUUCGACACCAUCCCCAACACCGACGAGCUGCUACAGCUGGCGGAACUCGAGUUUCUGCGCAAAGAUGCGGUUCAGAACCCACAGAACAAGUCUCGAUACCUCAAGCUCAUGCUCGAACUCCUGGACGCCCCUACCAGCACCGUCGUCUAUGAGGCAGCCACCUCUCUUACCGCCCUUACCAGCAACCCUGUCGCCGUGAAGGCCUCCGCGGCCAAGUUGAUUGAUCUCGCCAUUCGGGAGGCUGAUAACAAUGUCAAACUCAUCGUUCUGGACCGUGUGGACCAGCUGCGCAUCCGCAACGAGGGUGUGUUGGAUGAUUUGACUAUGGAGAUUCUCCGCGUUCUCACUAGCCCUGAUAUUGAUGUCCGGAGAAAGGCUCUUGGUAUUGCGUUGGAGAUGGUCUCAAGCAAGAAUGUCGAGGAGAUUGUUAUGUUGCUCAAGAAAGAGCUCGCUAAGACUGUGGAUGAGCAAUAUGAGCAGAACAACGAAUAUCGUCAACUUUUGGUGCAGUCAAUACAUAACUGUGCCAUUAAGUUCUCUGAGAUUGCCGCUAGUGUUGUUGAUCUGCUGAUGGACUUCAUUGCUGACUUCAACAGCACCUCUGCUGUUGAUGUGAUCUCUUUCGUUAAGGAAGUGGUUGAGAAGUUCCCCGACCUGCGUGCGUCAAUUGUCGAUCGCCUUGUGUCUACUCUCAGCGAGGUCCGGGCCGGCAAGGUCUACCGCGGUGUUCUUUGGGUAGUCGGUGAAUACUCUCUGGAAGAGAAGGAUAUCCGUGGGGCUUGGAAGAAGAUUCGUGCCAGUCUUGGCGAGAUCCCUAUUUUGGCUUCUGAGCAACGUCUCUUGGAUGAGGUGCCCGAUGACAAUGCGCUCCUCCUGGAACAAGCCAAUGGUCAGUCCAAGGCUGCCCCUACUGGGUCUCGUAAGGUUUUGGCCGACGGAACUUACGCCACGGAGAGCGCUCUUACCAGCCAAUCUGCCGCUGCCGCUCGCCUUGAAGCUGUGAAGGCCGCGCAAAAGCCUCCUCUGCGUCAACUCAUCUUAGAUGGCGACUACUACCUGGCCACUGUGCUCUCAUCCACAUUAACCAAGCUGGUUAUGCGCCAUUCCGAGGUAUCUCAAGACAGUGCUCGCACUAACGCUCUCCGGGCUGAGGCCAUGUUGAUCAUGAUCUCCAUCCUGCGUGUCGGACAAUCUCACUUCGUCAAGGCCCCCAUUGAUGAGGACUCUGUUGACCGUAUCAUGACCUGUGUCCGAUCUCUCGCUGAAUUCUCCGAGAAGAAAGAUCUUGAGAUUACCUUCCUCGAGGAUACCCGCAAGGCUUUCCGUGCCAUGGUCCAGGUUGAGGACAAGAAGCGAGCCGCGAAGGAGGCCGUUGAGAAAGCUAAGACCGCUGUCCAAAUCGAUGAUGCUAUUCCCAUCCGCCAAUUCACCAAGAAGAACACUGUUGAGGGAGCCGAAGAGAUCGAGCUGGACCUCGUCAAGGCCACCGGCGGUGAUUCGGUUGUGGAGAAUGUCGCUUCUAAGCUUAGUCGCGUGGUGCAACUGACCGGUUUCUCCGACUCCGUCUACGCCGAAGCUUACGUGACUGUUCACCAGUUCGAUAUUGUUCUUGAUGUUCUACUAGUCAACCAGACCACCGAGACUCUGCAAAAUCUGUCUGUGGAGUUUGCUACUCUGGGUGAUCUCAAGGUUGUUGAGCGACCAUCCACACACAACCUGGGACCUCGGGACUUCUUGAAUGUCCAGGCGACAGUGAAGGUCUCUUCCACCGACACUGGUGUCAUUUUCGGAAACAUUGUAUACGACGGUGCCAGUUCUACCGAGACCCAUGUGGUCAUCCUUAAUGACAUCCAUGCCGACAUCAUGGACUAUAUCCAGCCUGCUCACUGCACAGAGACCCAGUUCCGUACCAUGUGGACUGAGUUCGAGUGGGAGAACAAGGUUAACAUUAACUCUAAGGCCAAGACUCUGCGCGAUUUCCUGAAACAGCUGAUGGAGAGCACCAACAUGGCCUGCCUGACUCCUGAUGCUUCUCUCAAGGGUGAUUGCCGCUUCUUGUCCGCCAACCUCUAUGCCCGAAGUGUAUUUGGCGAGGAUGCUUUGGCGAAUUUGAGCAUUGAGAAGGAGGGCGAUGAUGGACCUGUUACCGGUUUUGUACGGAUCCGCAGUCGCUCACAAGGUCUGGCUUUGAGUCUGGGUUCUUUGAAGGGCCUCAAAGCUGCGGCAGCAUGA